CUCUCUCUCCAUUACACUACACACUCCACCACUCUUCCUUCCCCUCUCUAUCUCUCUCCUCAAACUUUCCUUUCUUUUCUCUAUAAAAGACCUAUCAAGUUUUUUUUACUUCACUAAUAUCUUAUAUACUGGCUCUCCCAACCAUGGAAGCGUUUAGCUUGCUCAAGUACUGGAGAGGCGGCGGCGCCACCGCAGACGGCGUCGCUAAUGUCCGCUCCUCCACCACUACAACCAUUGUCACCGCCGUGAGUCACCACUCUGCAGAGUCAACAGACGACGACGACAACGAAGAAGAAGAAGAUGACGGACCAUUCUUCGACUUGGAGUUCACCGUACCGGACGAAGAAGACGAGCAAGAGAAGCACGAGGUCAACGAUGGGGAUGAAGAGAGAGAAGACGAUGAUAUCGAGUCUGAUGGAAUGGAGAGUGAGUUCAAGUUCACUCUCUCGUCCGGUUCGAGCGGUGAGCGUACUGACCCAAACGUCUCGCUCUCUCCCUCUGACGAUCUGUUCUUCAAGGGAAGACUAGUUCCGGUCGAACCCUCUUCGAUUGUCUUCAAUGGGUCUGACUCUGAAUCAAACUCGAAAUCCCAAUUCUCUCUGUUGAAAUCGGCCACCAAGUUUCGAGUUCUGAUGCUGAAAUUCAAAAAAUCGAAGUCGAAUGUUGGUGAGAAAACAGAGCCUGAGCAAAUACAGGAAGAGCCUGAGAAGCAGAAGCAACAACAACAACAGAAUCAGAAUCAGAAUCAAAAUCAAUCAGAGAGCAAGCAUUUUACAGUGAAGUUUAAGGUUGAGGAAGUGCCUAUUGUGUCUCUGUUCACCAGAGACAAUAGUUCUCGAGCUUCUUCGGGAACCAACAAGAAGUGUCAGAAGCAACAGAGCUUAGACGAACCGGUGGUUUCCGAUGAGAAGCGAUUCUCCAAGGAUGUGAUGAACAAGUAUUUGAAGAUGGUUAAGCCUUUGUACGUCCGGGUCUCGAAGCGUUACGGCGAGAAAUUGGGUUUUUCAGGACAGUUGAGCUUGGGGGGAUCGAAGUCAGGACCAUCACCAUCACCAUCACCGCCGGCUACGGCGGAGCAAAAAUCGCCACCGCCGAAGGCAUCGGCGGCGAAGGGUGAGUUAGAACCAACAAAGGGGGACCCACAACUGGCUCCGGCGGCGAGCAACGUGAAGGGUCAGAAACAGGGAAGUUUUCCGGCGGGGCUGAGAGUGGUGUGUAAGCAUUUGGGGAAGAGCAGGUCGGCGUCGGCAGUGGUGGCGGCGGCGCCGACUUCUGGGUCGGUUCAGACGAGACGGAGAGACGAUUCGCUGUUGCAGCAACAGGAUGGGAUUCAAAGCGCCAUUCUACACUGCAAGAAAUCUUUCAACUCGUCUAGAGAUUCGGAGUCCUCUCUUCUGUCGCGGUCGGUGAGCGAUCCAUCGCACGAGAAAUCAAAUCCAUGAAAUGGUCAGAAUUUCUUUGAAGAAGAGCCCGAAUGAACUGGUAUUUGGAGGAGGUGGGUCUGAUCUGAGAGGUUGAAGUUUGAAGAUUGAGCUAAAAAGCGGGAAAAAAAUUAUGUUCAAAGAGGGUAAGGGUGGGUAGGGUAGUGGAAUCAUCUUUUUCGAUUUUUGUUUUGAUCCAGCAAAGUGAGUGACUACCAAACAGUCGUCUAUCACCUAGAAAAUGAGUUCUCACUUUUAAGCCUAGUUGUCUGUAAAUGUUGUUUAGGUGAGAUUUCAACCCAAAAAAAAAAAAAAGAAGAAAAAUGAAGUAGAGGAAAGUAGUCAGUUGGUCUGUGUAAAGCUUUUUAUCAUAUCAUAUCUCUGUUGUAUUUAGAUAAUCAGAACGUGUUUUUCUUUCACCAAUAAUACACUUGUCUUUUCUUUUU